UCAUUGUAUAAAAAAAAGCUGAAACAAAAAGUACGUAUAAAAAUUUAUUCCGAGCAAUAUUAAUCAUCAACUUUAAAAAAAAUUAGCAAAGAAAGAACUUUAAACUGUGAAUAUUAUUGAGAAUUAACUUUUAAACAAAUGAGUGCAAAUAAGAAAUUGUUAUGAAUAAUAACAAAUGAACUUUUAAGAAAACUAAAAAAUAUAUCACGAGUGUCCUUGAACAAUUACAAUACGUUCGUUAUUUUGCAAAAUAAAAUAUAGGAAAAAAUUAUAUAGUGCCUAUAAAGAUCACGUCGACAUUAGACAACCAGAUACUUGAAAACCAGUUGAAAAGAAAAAGUAAAAAAAUUUACCCUGCGCACACAUCCAAAGAUACAAAAAUUAAAAUACACACACACAUCUAGUAGUGUUGUCAGUGCUGGUGGUAUUAAAAAUAAAUAAUAAUCACACAAAACGAAAACAGUUCAACUGAACUGAACAGCAACUGUUCAAGAGAACAUUUCAAAGAGGGGCAAAGAGAAAAUUUGUCAUUUCGUUAAAAAAAACACACACAGAAAUAAAAAAGCAAAAAUAUAUAUAUAUUUUACUUUAUUUGAUAACAAAGACACACAAGGAAAAACAGAAAGAAAAAUAAUAAUAAAAAUAACAACAAUAACAAAAAUAUUGCAAUCGUUCGGCUGUUGCUUUCAUCAUCAAAUUUUCCAAAAUAACUAGGAGUUUUACCUGUUUUUGUACAACAACUCGAAAUUGAUUAACCAAUUACAACAAUACACAGGAAGAGUUUAGCUUCUUAAUCAAUUUUUCCAAAACCAAUGUUAUUUGUUGUCAAUAAUUACGAUGUACAAUUCAAUGCAAAAGGAAUGAACAACAUGGAGCAAUUCCGCUGCCAUUAUCGCCCGCUACCAGUAUGUGGGACUAUUAAAGUAAAAACUAAUAAGCAUAUUUCUACUAUUACUGCUACUACUACAACUGCUGUUGAUUUUAUUACAACAAAGCAAUUGCAAAAACAACAAGAACCACAAGUUAAAGUACAACAAAAUGAUUUUGAAUCCUUGCAAGUUUUGAAUGAAGCCAUUGUUAACGAAGUAGACCAUACUUAUCCCAACAACGUUAGAAACGAUAUUUCCUCCUACUCCUCCUCUUCUCCCAACUCUAUUUGCUGGUUUAAAAAACACAAACGUCAGCAACGUCACUUACGAGUACUACGCUCUUCUUCAUUGAAAAUCGAUAUAAGAAGACAACGUUUAAAUCCCUUUAAAAAUAAUUCCCGACUAAAUUGGCAUCAUAUACUAUUGGACAUAUGAUUUCCAAUUGCCAGAAGACGACGACAACACAACAAAAACAAACAAAACAAAGACAGCUCAAUUCCUGCCUCCUAAAAAGCAUAAAUAAUAAAUCAUCCAAUUUAGAUUCCAAAACAUCCCAUCCAACGCCUAUAGAAAGUACAACGUCCACAAUGUCAACAUUGGCAGCGGACCUUAGAACCGCAGCCGUUGCUGCGGCAACUGGCCAAAAGAAAUCAGGCGUUAAGCCUCCCAUGGAGGCAGUGGUGGUGAAUAGCAUCAUAUAUUCAAAGCCCUCAUUUUGUAGAAUAGCUGUAGAUCUGGGUGAUGUAUCGGGGGAUAAAAAACCUUCAACAAAAUUGACAAAUGGGUCUUGCCCAAAUAAUUAUCUCAACAGCGGCGCAUUUUGUUCCUCAGCCAUGGGCUUGAAAGAUGCAGCAUUAAACAUUAAUGCCGCCACCUGCCUGGCGGAUUUGGCCGCUUCUUCCUCCUUAAAUGUUGGGGAAGAUACAAAAGUGUAUAGAAUGUGCACGACCAUCAACGGUUCCAUACAUCAUCAAAUAUCCGACCUGUGCGAUAAUCUUCUAGCUAUGGCCGGAUUUUUCGGUGUCACAAAUAAUGAACACGAUGACAUUGAUGAUAGUUUUAUAGAGUUUGCCUACAGAGAUGAUGACUGUGAUGGCAAAAAUAAUGAAGAGGAAGUCGACGACGACAAUGGUGAUGAGGACGACGACGACGUUGAUGAUGACAAUGAGGAGGACUACGUAGAUGGUGAAGAUGACGACGAUGAUUAUUAUGAUGAAGAUCUUGAUGACGAUGAUAAUGAUGUAGUCGAUUUCUCAUAUGAAUGUCCGAUUUUACCCGCACCAAAAUUAAACUGUGAUAAAAAGAAAAAGGUACGUUUCAAUACCAAACCCACAGUACAUGUUAUGCAUACUUGGAAUUAUGCUUACCGCGCUGCACGUAAAGGUGAAUGGGAAAUGUAUGCACGUGAUCGUGAACGUUUUAAAUUGAGAAUACAAAGAGCAGCCUCAACACUUAAUCCCAUAUUGGAAAGAGAACAUCGUCAGAAAAUUUAUGAAAAACGAUUUGCCAACCUAUACGACAAUGAUGAUUAUAAUGACGUCAAUCAAUCAGAACUAGCUCAAACUGAAGCUGAUCAAAAAACAGUUUCGCACGAGUUGAAGGAAACCUCUAAUAAUAUUGAAUCCAAAAAAACACACCAAAAAAAGAAACGCAGAAAGAAACGAUUUUGCAAAAUGGGAAACAAACAUUAUUUUUAAAUUGCAUUUUAGUUUGUUUCCAUUUAUUUUCUUCAUUCUUUACUUUUAUGAUCAUUUUACUUUAUAAAUACAAUUAUAAAUUUUUGUUAA